AUGCAAUUUAGGAAAUGUGUUAAAGCUGAUGAAGUGGCCUAUUUAGCUGUGAUAAUUGAGGAGACCGACAAGAACAAGGGAGCUCAAGGAAUACUUGUAGUUGAGAAUUUUUCUGAAAUUUUCACAGAUAAUUUGUUAGGACUACCCCACAACAGAGAAGUAGAAUUUCACCGUUCGUUCACCCUUUCCAUCGUCUUCCUCCAUCGCCAUUCGUUCCAGAGCUUUCACCGCCUCCAAGCUCAGUCGCCGCCGCCAAGCUCAGAGACACCACUUUCCUCCAUCCCCGACUUGGAUCAUGAAUGGAGUUUUGAUAGUGAUGAAAAUGUGAAUAUAGAAGAUGGAGUUUGUGUGGAUGAUGGAGUGAAUGUGGAAGAUGGAGAUGAUGGAGUGAAUGUGGAAGAUGGAGUGAAUGUGGAAGAUGAAGUCAAUGUGGAUGAUGGAGUGAAUUUGAGACCUUGUUCGAGUAGUGGUCCGAAUGAGCCAUUCAUCGGUAUGGUAUUUGAUGACGUAGAAGAUGCUCAAGCAUUUUACAAGGUGUAUGCAAGAAAAAAAGGUUUUGCUAUUCGAACCAAUCAUACACGAUUGUCGAAAGAGGAGAAAAAACUAAUUGCUGUAGACUAUGUUUGCUCAAGGGAAGGAUUUCGACGGGAAAGGAGCAAACAAAAAGAACGAAUAAUUUCGGAACCUGCUGAGACAAAGAUUGGUUGUAAAGCAUUGAUGGGGAUAAAAAAAGUGGGUGAGAAGUGGAUAGUAUGUAAGUUUGUGCUUGAACAUAAUCACUUGCUACUUACACCAAGAAGUACUAGUUUGCUUCGUGGACAUAGGAUAGUGACACGUGUCCAAAAAAACCUUAUUAUGACUUUGAAUGAGUCCGGUGUACCGACAAGGAAGAUAAUGUCGGUGUUGAGUAAAGACGCAGGGGGCGACUUUAACGUUGGUUGUAUUGGCAAGGAUGUGGAGAAUUACUUGGGGAACAAAAGAAGAAAAUUAUUUGAAGAAGGAGAUGCACAACGAUUAUAUGCCUAUUUCUUUGAUCGACAAUGCAAAGAGCCUGGAUUUGUGUACUCAAUGCAAGUUGAUGAGAAUGGGUGCAUGGGAAGUUGUUUUUGGGCAGAUGCAAGAUCAAGGGCGUCGUACCAAUAUUUUGGGGAUGUGGUCACAUUCGAUGCCACAUAUUUGACAAAUAUUUAUAAGAUGCCCUUUGUGCCAUUUUCUGGAGUUAACCAUCAUCACCAAACUAUAAUGUUUGGUUGUGCCUUGUUGGUUAAUGAAACAGCUGAGUCAUAUGUAUGGUUAUUGAGAACAUGGCAAGAAGCAAUGCUUGGACGAGCCCCUUCAACCAUAAUUACCGAUGAUGACAAGGCUAUGGCAAAGGCCAUUGGAGAGGUACUCCCAAAUACAACUCAUAGAUUAUGUUUGUGGCACAUUCUGCAAAAAUUCCCUGAACAUUUGGCUUAUGUAUAUAAUAGAUUUCCGGAUUUCCAAAAAGAUUUCCAUCAUUGUAUUCAUAACACAAUUACAAUUGAUGAGUUUGAGCAUGAAUGGAGUGUUAUAUUAGUGAAGUAUGAGUUAGGAGAUAAUACUUGGCUGCAAAAUCUUUAUAACCGACGGGAGAAGUGGGUUCCGGCUUACUUGCGUUCAACAUUUUGUGCCGGCAUGUCAACGACUCAAAGAAGUGAAAGCAUGAAUAAGUUUUUCAAGGAUUAUGUUCGUUCCAGUACUAUGGUCAGUGAUUUUGUGCAUCAAUAUGAGAAAGCAUUAGAUGCACGUUAUUUUAAAGAGAAAGAAAAGGAUGUGCGAACAAAAUCAACUUGUGCCAUAUUGAAAACAUGUUACAAAAUUGAAGAAGAAGCUUCCAUAGUCUACACAAGAAAGUCUUUCACAAUUUUUCAAGAUGAGCUUUUUAAUAGUCAACGCUACAACUCAACUAAAUUUUCCAACGAGGGCGAAAGCAAGACUUAUAGAGUGGUACCUCAUGGCAAAGAAACCCCUCUCUAUCAUGUGACCUUGGAGAGUGGAGGAGAUAAGGUGACUUGCACUUGCCAUAUGUUUGAGUUUAUGGGAAUUCUCUGUAGGCAUAUCCUGUGUGUACUUGGAAAGAAAUCAAAAUUAGAUUGUUUGUCACAACACCAUAUUCUAGAAAGAUGGACUAUCAAUGCUAAGAGUCGACCUAUUAUUGACAUUCCCAUUCUCGAAGGGCAUGUAACGCCACAGGAUGAUCUAGCAAUGAGGAAAAACUCAUUGAUGAUGCAAUUUUAUGUCAUUGCGGAACUUGGGACAAAGUCAAGGAAAAAACUCAAUCACCUCUCCCUUGCCUUAGAUAAGGUCCAUAACGAGCUACUUCUAAUGGAAGAUGAUGACAAUAUUGAAGAAUCUGUGGGCCCAGUUGGAAGGGAGUCAACCUAUGAAUCCAUUUCUCAAAGAUCUCAGGUUGUCUCCAAUUUUUCACAAACAAUACAAGAUCCUCCACGAGUGCCCACGAAAGGGCGUCCAAAGUCUUUGAGGGCAAAGAAUCCAAAAGAGAUGCAACCAACCAAGAAAAGACGUUGUAGCGUUUGCAAAAAUGAGGGACAUGCUCGGAACAACUGUCCUUUAGUGAGGGAUAUUGGGCAUACAGUCCAGGUUGACAGCACUAACUUGGAUUCUUAA